AAAAUAAAAUCACACGUUAGGGUUUUCAUUUCUCAGUCUCUGAACCACCCCCGUGGCCAAGCCGGUCGCGCUUCGCAGCCGCAGCUAGAAGAAGAUGAAGACGAUUCUUUCUUCAGAGACGAUGGACAUUCCCGACGGCGUGAAGAUCAAAGUCAACGCCAAAAUCAUCGAAGUGGAAGGUCCCCGAGGCAAGCUUAGCCGCAACUUCAAGCACCUCAACCUUGACUUCCACCUCAUGACCGACGAGGAGACCGGCAAGCGAAAGCUCAAGAUCGACGCCUGGUUUGGCUCCCGCAAGACCAGUGCCGCCAUUCGUACCGCUCUCAGCCACGUGGAGAAUCUCAUUACCGGUGUUACCAAAGGUUACCGGUACAAGAUGAGAUUCGUUUACGCUCACUUUCCUAUUAACGCUUCGAUCACGAACGGAAACAAGUCGAUUGAGAUCCGUAACUUUCUUGGAGAGAAGAAGGUUCGGAAAGUGGAUAUGCUUGAGGGUGUAAGAAUUGAGCGAUCCGAAAAGGUUAAGGAUGAGCUCAUAUUGGAUGGCAACGACAUUGAACUCGUUUCUCGGUCAUGUGCUUUGAUUAAUCAGAAAUGCCAUGUCAAGAACAAGGAUAUUAGGAAAUUCCUUGAUGGUAUCUAUGUCAGUGAGAAGGGCACAAUUCUUGGAGAAGAAUGAUUAGUCAAUUUAUUUCAUAGUAAUAUUGUGGGAGUUUUUGGUUCCUUUGGAAAAUAUAGUUUAUUUUUUCUGGAAAUUUUUUGUAUUAGAGAAUUUCAAAUUUGCUAGUCUUUUAAUGGUUUUGCUUCAAUAUGUUAUGCAUAUUAUUAAAAACUUGCUAGACUGUUCUGUUGAUCCUUAUUGAAAACACUUUUCAAUGGUUGGAUAGUUGAA